CCCCCUUACCCCGCCCGCCGGGACAAACAGCCCCCUCGGCUGCGCGCACGGGCAGCCGGGCUGUGCCCGCUCCCCCACCGCGCCCGCGGCGCUCGGCCUGUAAUUAACGUCCCCGCGCAGAGCCGUGAGCCCGCGCCCCCCCGGGUGUGUGCCCGAGGGCGCGGGCGGGCCGGACGGUGGGGGCUGAGCGGCGGUGGCAGCCCCGGGCACCGCACGUGCGUGGUUAAUAACGAGGCAGCAGCGAUCGGGAUGGGCGAGCCCGGCCGCCCCAGGCUCCUCCGGGCGAGGGGGGGGGGACACCCGCCACUCCGUUAUCUCCCGAGCCGCUCUCCUAGGCAGAACUGAUCCUCUUGAGGGAACGAGGGGGUGGGGGGAGAGUCUCGACUGCAAAUACUGUUUGGAGUUUAUUGAUGAGGGCGUCUGAGCGUUGAGGUGCUCUCCCGUGGCUCCCGGUGGAUGCUGUAAGGAACCAGGAUUGUGGUGGGUUUCGGCUGUGCAGGGAGUUGGGGUAGCGGGGGGGUGGGGGAAGGAAAAGACACGAUCGAGAGUAGCUGAGACUUUGUGCCCCCGUUGGAGAGAUGGUUGAGUCCUCGUCAAGGUUGCUGUGGUAUCCCAGAAACACCAUUCACUCCGAGCUGUGACCGCGCACCAUCAACAGCAACAACUCUGCUGCGCCUGGCCGAGGAAUAGGAAUUAAGAGCUCUCAAGAAUAAUAUGAAAGGGAUCUGCAGAGGGGAAAUUCGUGCAAAGGAAUCGAAAUUAGCAGACUUUUGGGAAAGGGGAUGUACUAAAUGUGGCCGGCUGGACUUCAUCCUGGUGAAGAAAAUGGAGAUUAAAAGUGGAUUUACAUUUUGGAACCUCGUCUUUUUAUUGAUGGUUUCGUGUGUGAAAGGAUUUAUUUAUACCUGUGGUGGAACUUUAAAAGGACUUAAUGGCACUAUAGAAAGCCCUGGCUUCCCAUAUGGAUAUCCAAAUGGUGCAAACUGUACAUGGGUUAUAAUAGCAGAAGAAAGAAACAGAAUACAAAUCGUCUUUCAGUCUUUUGCUCUAGAAGAAGAAUAUGAUUAUUUGUCAUUAUAUGAUGGGCAUCCUCAUCCUGCAAACUUUAGGACAAG